AUGAGUGCCGCGGCGGUGGCGGCGUUUGGCGGAAAGCUGCUGGAGGAGCCGCGGCGGCGCGGAAUCGAAAUCGGCGGGUGGCGCAUCGAGUGCCGCCACGAACCGAUUCUCACCGCUGAAGAGACGGAAGCGUGGCAGGCGGCUCUCUCCUCGCAGUGGCUUCCCGAGAUGGUGUUUGGGAAGAGCUGUCUGCGCGCGGAGCACCUAGGCACGGGCGUGGGCGUGCAGCUGGGGGCGCUAGAGGCGCUGAGAGGGUGGAAGGAGGCGCGGCUGCCCCCUGUCAAGGUGCCUGCUGCUGCCGCGUGGGGGAAGAGAAGCUGCCCAUCCACGGAUAUCAUUCUCGAUUAUGACUACACCUUCACCACCCCCUACCGCGGCUCCAUUAUUACCAGUAGCAGUGCUUCCCUUUCACCUGAGAGCAGCAUGGCCGGCAGCAGCAACAGCAACAGCAGCAGCAGCAGCAGCAGCACCACCACCACCACCAGCACCCACGCACCUGAUGAUGUCAGCGCACCCCUCGCAUCAUGUGUUGCUGACAUCAGCAUCAGCAACGCCGACAGAGGUCUAGCUGUUGGAGCAGGAGGAGAGGGGGAAGAAGGGAGAGGGGCGAGAGUGAGAGCAGAGGGCAUGAGGGAGGGAGAGGUGGAGGGAGCAGGGGAGAAAGCACAGGUGGUGAGGGAAGUGCAAGCCGUUUGGCCUCAAUCUGAUGCUUUUGGUGCUGGUGGUGUUGGGGUUGGAGGGGAAGGGGGUGGGGGAGAAGGAGGGAGUGUGGAGAAACGGAGUCAAAGAGGGGCGGAGGGGGAAGAGAACAAGGGGAGUGGGGGAGAAAAGGAAGGGAGGGGAGCAGGGGGAGGAGGAGAGUGGGAGGCGGAGUGGGUGGCGUGUGGGGAGGGCGAGGGCAUUGACUGGGCCUUGCUGCAACGCCGCGACCCCAUCUUCUUCUCCGAUGAGGUACUGAUGGUUGGGAUGUGGUGA